AUGUUCCGUCAACGAACAAGUUCGCAAAAGCCCGCAGAUGAUCUGCUGGCGCACUUCAGGCAACAGUUCCCUGAAGUAGCCGCCGCCACUUCAUCCGGGGCCGCAGCACCUGCCCGAACCGCAACCACCAGUCAAGCUGGCAUCGCUGUCACAGCCGCAGAAAGGGCCCAAAGCCUUGGCCAUGAUGCUUUUCGUGACCAGGACCCGACUCCCCGGGCCACAAACGAGCAGUGGAGGUUCACCCCGUCUGUGCUAGACGCGAACCAGUUCACCUUCUCGCAAUUCGCCGGCGGCCAUGGCUAUUAUACUCCUACUCCGGGUGGCACGAACACCAUCUACCAUCCCACGGCUGGAGAUCUCCAUACCCCGACGCUCGGCCUCGGAAUGGGCCUGGGCACGCCGCUGUCGAUGCCUACCGCUGACGGAUCUCUGCACCCGGGGCCAGCGCAUAUGGAAUUGGGUGGAUUCCACCAUAAUUUCCCCCCGUUUCCACAUUUCAACGCUUUUAUCCAAGCUACGCCAAACCAGCCGUCCUUUGCGCCUUCAACUUUUCUUCACCAAGACUCGGGCUUUGAAACAAUGGACCAGGACGGGUCCCCCAUAGAUUCGGAUCCGGCUGAUGAAAGGAUGGGCAACAUCGACGGUAGCUUCCAACAGUCUCCUAUGAUGGGCUUCCAAGCUAGGCAAUUCGGCAUGCCCCUCUCCAUGCAGCUACCGCCGUCAGCCGAAAGGUUCCGCUUUCACACAACACUCAACGCACCCACUGCCAUGAUUAAGAACUUGGACGAAAUCCCUGUCACUUACCUCAACAAGGGUCAGGCCUACUCUCUGUCCGUAGUCGAUACCGCGCCCACGCUACCCAUUGCCCCGGGGACUCGGUUUCGUACAUUUGUCAGGGUCUCUUUUGAGGACGAACAGCAGCGACUUAAGCCCGGCGUGUGCUGGAGUUUGUGGAAAGAGGGCCGCGGCACCAAUGAAGCACACCAGAGAGGAGGAAAACUGCAAGCCGUUGAAUUCGUCGAGGCUACCCAGCCAGCAGAGGGUGACGACAAGAGGACGCGCAUCGAGCUGGAGAGCGCUUCGUUUGACGGUUUCUCAGUCAUCUGGACCCCCGGUAUCAACGGUUCGGUCGACUGCAAUAUCGCCGUCCGCUUCAACUUCCUCUCCACUGACUUCAGCCAUUCCAAGGGUGUCAAGGGUAUUCCUGUCAGGCUCUGCGCGAAGACUCAACCCUAUCUCCCGAAUUCCCCUCAGUCACCAAACACCAGCGACGGAGCCGAGAUUUGCUAUUGCAAGGUCAAGUUGUUCCGCGAUCACGGCGCUGAGCGCAAGCUGUCCAAUGACGUUGCCCACGUGCGAAAAAGUAUUGAUAAAGUAAAGCAGCAGAUGCAGCAAGCCGAGAGCGGGAUCAAGGAUUUUGGCAAGAGGAAGAGAUCAGGGGUAGCGCAGAUGAAGACUCAAAGCAGCCAACGCCCUGGAAAGAUUCAAAAACACAAGCGGACGUGGUCCAUGUCAUCCGCUAGUUCCGCUGGAGGAAACCCUCGUGUGCAUCUCGAAGAGGACCUCACCAUGAAGCUACAGAACAUGCAGGACAUGUUUACCAGCACUCGUCCGGUAAGCGUUCUAUACCUCCGUGGUGACGAACUGGACGACCCCGACCUGCAUCCUGUGGCUCUUCCUGGGGAGUCCCUUGACCUUACUAAGCUGGAGUCCAAAGAAAGUAACGCUUGGCGCAGCGAGCGAAGCUCUGUUGCCGGAUCCUCUCUUGUUUCGCCAUCUCCAAGCUCGCUUUCGCUUGCUUCCCAGAUGUCCGUCAGCGGAUCGAAACCAAACUGGCCAGAGCUUUCCAGGUUCAACUCGAGCGAUGCUUCCAAGGGACUGUCCGGCCCGCCAAGUAGAGUUAAAAGGAUCACGGGUGAUAAUGGAAACUUGACGGGCUGGAUAGAUUCUUUGGAUGUCGACGCGUCUUACCGCCCUCCCCCAGAAAGGGCGAUCAAGCCCGUUGCCUGUUUCUAUGUGGCCCGUGCAGAUCCCGAAAACUCACAUGGCCCGGAAAUUUAUCGUGCGAUCUACCUGAUGCAACGAAGCCUGCACGAGUUCGUUACGCGUAUUGCGCAGAAAUGGAACCUGGACCCGAGCAGCAUCGUCCGUGUCACUCACCGUCUCCACCGCGGACUCGAGGUAGCAAUGGACGAUGACGUUAUCCAGGAGCUUCAGGAAGGCCAGGACAUGAAGCUCGAGAUCCGCGAAGUCAAUGGCAACAACAACUCUGGCGUUAAGCGAGAAUGGGAGAUGGCUGUCGAUGGCCCUGAGGCCGAGUUAGCAUCUCCAGCAACGACCAACAACAGCUCGCAGACAGCAUAUGAACUGCGACUGCUCUACUAAGAUAUGGAUUAUAAGCCCUUGGAAGGAAGCGUCAAACAUCUUCCAGGGUUUGUCUGUUCCACUGAGGGUCUUACUUGUCACUGGACGACCAAUAACAACCAUUACAUAUGGUAUACGACUAGCACAUAGGAUACAAAUGAUGUUAU